AAAAUCCGCACUGCACAUCACAGUAAAAACCAACACUGCACAUGGAUAUAUGACGUGGUGUAUCCAAUUUUUGUAUAAAAAAUUAUAAGAUUUGUGAAACAAGUCCGAAGUAUCUAAUUUAUUUAUUGAAAGACUGAAUUGCGGUAGAGAAUGCAGUUGUCAGUUAUAGUAACACUCCUGUUAGUAUGUUACACAGGAGUAACAUUUGUAAACAGCUUAGCUGUUAUGUCAGUAGAUUUAGGCUCAGAAUGGAUGAAAGUAGGAAUUGUCUCACCAGGAGUCCCUAUGGAAAUUGCCUUAAACAAAGAAUCAAAAAGGAAAACUCCAGCAGUUAUUAGCUUUAGGGACAAUACAAGGCUUUUUGGAGAAGAUGCCCAAACCAUGGGUGUCCGUUUUCCCAAACAAACCUUCAGUUACCUUUUAGAUUUAUUAGGUAAGAGUAUAGACCAUCCAUUAGUGAAACUGUAUCAGGAACGUUUCCCUUAUUAUAACAUUAUUGAGGAUCCUGAGAGGAAGACUGUUUUAUUUAAAAUAGAUGAAGAAACUGCUUACAGUCCAGAAGAACUGGUUGCUCAGUUUUUAGGAAAGGCUAAAGAAUUUGCGGAAACGAAUGCCCAACAACCAAUCAAGGAAUGCGUUUUGACUGUACCAGGUUACUUUAAUCAAAUUGAAAGAAAGGCUCUCUUACAAGCAGCCGAACUUGCUGGACUGAAGGUACUUCAGUUGAUUAACGACUAUACAGCAGUUGCACUUAAUUAUGGAAUAUUCAGGUCUAAGACAUUUAAUGAUACAGCUCAAUACAUUAUGUUCUAUGAUAUGGGAGCAUCUUCCACAACUGCCACACUUGUUAGUUACCAGAGUGUAAAAACCAAAGACAAGCCUUAUGUAGAAGUACAUCCACAAGCUACAAUUUUAGGAGUAGGUUUUGAUAGAACACUUGGAGGACUUGAAAUGCAAGUUAGAUUAAGAAACUACUUGGCUAAGAAAUUCAAUGAGAUGAAAAAGACUAAUAAUGAUGUUUUUAAAAAUGAUAGAGCUAUGGCUAAACUGUUCAAGGAAGCUGGUAGAGUGAAAAAUGUUUUAUCAGCUAAUGCAGAACAUGCUGCACAGAUUGAAGGGUUAUUAGAUGAAAAAGAUUUCAAAUUGCCAGUUACAAGGGACGAAAUGGAAGCACUUUUUGGGGAUUUAUUUGAAAGAGUCAACAAUCCGAUAGAACAAGCAUUGAAAACCGCUCAUCUAACAAUGGACGUCGUCAAUCAAGUGGUUCUGGUAGGAGCAGGUACCAGAGUUCCCAAAGUACAAGAACAUCUCAGAAAAGCCGUUGGACAAGAGUUGGCCAAAAACUUAAACACAGAUGAAGCCGCUGCCAUGGGUGCCGUGUAUAAAGCCGCUGAUCUUAGUACUGGUUUCAAAGUUGCUAAAUUUAUUACCAAAGAUGCUGUUGUUUAUCCAAUUCAGGUUACAUUUGAAAGACUUGCAGAAACAGGAGUUAAACAAGUAAAGCGCACACUUUUUGGCCUCAUGAAUUCCUAUCCCCAAAAGAAGAUCAUAACUUUCAACAAACACACCAGCGACUUCAAUUUCAAUGUGAACUAUGCCGAUUUAGACUUCUUAAAUCCUAAAGAAAUACAAUAUUUAGGAACCACCAAUAUAUCCCAAUUUGAACUCAAAGGAGUUGCUGAUGCUUUGAAGAAACACUCAGGAGAAAACGUGGAAUCCAAAGGUAUCAAAGCUCACUUCGCAAUGGACGAUUCUGGUAUUUUGAACUUUGUGAACGUUGAAUUGGUUGUUGAGAAGACUGUCGUUCCUGAUGAAGAAGAAGGAACACUAUCUAAAUUAGGUAGUACGUUUAGCAAAUUAUUCGGUGGAGACGAGAAACCAGCAGAAGAAAAACCAACGGACGCCCCACCUUCUGAAGAUAAACAAGCUGAAGAGGCCGAAGAAAAACCAGUCGAAGAAAAAGAAGAACCAAAAGAAAAAGUAUCCAAGGACUCUAAGAAAACUGUGAACGAAACUGCUAAAAACGCUACAGAGAAAGUCAAAGACACAAAACCAAAAGUACAGACAGUAAAGGAAUCAAUAACGACCGUUGAACAGUCGUUUGGGGUUCCAAGCUUAAAUAAAAAACAACUGGGUAGAUCACAGGAAAAAAUUGACGCUCUAGAUAAAAUCGAGAUGGAAAUCAACAGAAAAGCCACCGCCAUGAAUAACUUAGAAAGUUUUGUUAUAGAUAUGCAAAAUAAAUUAUAUGAAGACGAAUAUACCGAGGCAACUACUGUUGAAGAACAAGAAAAAAUCAAAACGGCUUGCUCAGAGAUCUCAGAGUGGUUAUAUGAUGAAGGUUCAGACGCAGAUGCAGAAACAUACGAAAAGAAAAUCGACAGCUUAAUGGCAAUUACCAAAGACGUAUUGGCUCGAGUGUACGAACACAAAGAGAGACCAGAAGCGCUUAAUGCUUUAAAUACUCGUUUGAACCAAUCGUCUAACUUCUUGGUCAGUGCUAAAAAUGCUACGAAAGACAACCCAGAAAGAGACAUUUUCACAGACGUUGAAGUUCAAACCUUGGAAAAGAUUAUUAAAGAAACUGAAGAAUGGAGGGACAAAAUGGUAAAAGAACAAGAUGCUACUAAAAAGAGUGACCCAGUUAAGUUGACGAUUAAGUCUAUCGUGGAUAAAAUGGCAGCGCUAGAUAGAGAAGUUAAAUAUCUGUUAAACAAAGCGAAGAUGUGGAAACCCAAAAAGGUGGACAAACCUGUAAAAGAAGAUACCAACACAACAGACUCCGGAAGCGAAAACGUCGUAGUAGAAGAACCACCGACAGAGGAACCCGUCGCAGAGGAGUCUAAAGAAAGUCCCAAGAAAGAACAGUCAAAGACCAAAAAAGACAAACCCUCCGAGACAAUAGAAGGAGAAGAAGACAGUCAUUCAGAGCUGUAGUUAGUGAAAAUUUUAGGAUAUGAACAAUUUACUAGGUUAAAAAUCAAUUGACAUCUUGGGAUUGAGUCUAAACAUUGAUGUGGUAUAGUGUAUGUUCUCGACAAUUUAAGUAAAAUUAAUUGGAAGAAAGGCAUUGGUUUUUUAUACAUAUUCUUCUUCCAAUAAAGUUUAUUCAAAUUUA